UGAACACGCGCACGGCCAAAACAGACUCUAAUGCAGUUAGCUCUUGUGUAUUCUCGAUCGUUGCCACUCCAAAGAGUGAGCGAAUUACCACAAGGAGGGCGCGUAGUAAGUACAUCGAUCGACCAUGGCCAUGGCGGCGAGUAGCACCGCGCGUACGGUAAACCUCCUCGCCUUCUCCAUCUCCGUCCUCUUCUCCGCCAACCUCCUCGUCGCCGCCACCUCCACCAGCGGCUCCGUCAAGGUGGCCUGCGCCAAGUCACCGGACCCUUCCUUCUGCGCGGCCUUCCUCGCUGGCAUCCCAGAGAGCAGCACCGCCGACGCGCGGGGCCUCGCCGAGCUCGCCAUCCGCGCGGCCGCCAAGAUCGGCGCGGAGUUGGGCACCGCGGCGCGCACCCAGCUGAACGUGGUGACCGUCAAGGGCGCGCAGUGGCAGUGCAUGGACUCGUGCGUGGCGGACGUGGAGGAGGCCGUGUCCCACCUCGACGUCGACAGGGGCAAGGCCACCACCGCAAUGGAGGACGCCAAGUUCAACGACGCGCGCGACUACAUCGAGGCCGGCGAGAAGGAUGGGCUGGCCUGGAACUGCGACCUCUGCCGCGAGGGCCUCCCCGCGCCCGUCAAGACGGGGCUGCUGCCCAAGGGCAAUGAGUUCGAGAAAGUCAUGGGGGUGACAGGGGCGCUCAUCAAACGGGCCGUGGGUAGCGCCGCGCCGGCGCCGGCGCCCGCCCCGUCCUCGACUCGGCGCCGUGAGAUAUAAUAAUAUCACCCAUGCGCACGUCUAGUUUCUGCUCGAUCUCUGAUCGACGAAUUUUCUUAGUUAGCUAUAUGUUCAUCGGUAAUGCUUCUUUUCGUUUACGUAAUUAAUAAUGGCAUCUGCUGUAU